AUGGGAAAGCUGGAUCAAGUUGGGACAAUAGACGAAAACUUGACCUUAGACGAUAAAGCUAGAUUACAGAAAGAAGAAGAAAGAAUGUCGCCGACUGAGGAUACCACCGACUCGACUGAGAAAACCGAGAAAAAGGGUGUACACUGGUACCAUAAGGUCCAGAAGAAGAGGCACAUUCGGAUUCAGGAUAUGGAACAAGAGGAACGAAACUCUACAUGGUACACUGAAGCUGAUAGCAAGCUCAUAUUAGCCAUGGCCAAGGUCACAGUCAAAAUGAUCAUGAAAGAUGAGCCCUGUGAUGAUGUGGAUUACUGUAGUCGUGGCUUGGAAGGAAAGACUCCAGCAGGCUCCAAACGACGGCAGAAAAACAAGAUGAAAGUCCGACGGGCUGUCCUCGAGGAACAGGAUAUUCAACGUGACGAAGGGGUCAUCAAUAUGGACUUUUUAGGGGAAGUCUCCCGCAUGUGUUCGAAGGAUGUAGGUCAACAGGCGCACGAGAGAGGAUUGGCAGACGAAGAUGCCGUUCGGGAAUACCUGCACGACGUCUCCUUUGACGCCUCUCCCAUUCAACCUCGCCGGUAG